AUGGCUCAGAGAGAUGCUCGCUUCAACCAACAUGUCCUGGUGGACACCACUCCGAUGCCUGACCACAUCCCCAAGGUGGAAGAGAUCGGAACCUCAUCAGCGCCUCUUCUGAGCGCUUCCUACUUCAUUGGAGCCCGGUGCAAGGCGUUCAACGACGAUUUUAUGCAGUGCAAGCAAGAGGCAAAUGGCCGCGGUGAAAUCGACUGCUUGAAGGAGGGCCGCAAGGUUACCCGCUGUGCUUCCAGCGUGAUCAAGGAUAUCAACACCCACUGCCUGGCCCAAUUCAAGGCCCACUGGGAAUGCCUCGAGAACAACAACCACAACCUGUUUGAGUGCCGCAGCCCUGAAUUCAGCCUGAACAAGUGUGUUUUCCAAAACCUGGGCCUCCAGAAGACUAUCCCCGGUGCCCCCGAAGACCAGGUCCCCGUCCACCUGCGCCCACGACAGAAGUACUCCGUCAAUGCCUGGAACCAGUUUGACCUCGAGCAGCGCAAGGAAGCCCGGGAGGCCGGCGCAUCGCUGUUCAAGCAGCAGGAGCAAAAAUAA